UUGCACUUUCUCCGUCUCAGGCGGCUUUCCGGUCGUCGCUCACUUUUGUCUAUCGGCGCUUUAGUACUGAGUCCGCCGUCUUCAGCCCAUCGAUUCCAAAUCAUCGGGAAAUGCAGCCCCUAUUACUCGUCUCGGAGGAAUCUCAGUUUCUUCUUCGGAUACUGAACGGGAGUUUUCAAACCCUAGACAUCAUUAAGGACCGCAUUUUUCACGAUUUUGCCAAUUUAUUCUGCUCGAAAGCGAAUUUGGAUGUUAUUGACAUGAGACAAGAUAAUGUAAUGCAUAGUGUGAACCGGGACGAGCUGGGAUCCAAAGAUUGGUCAUCAAAGGGGAAUAAUUCGAAUCCAGAAGGUGAUUCGACAGCGGGUUUCAGUGUGCUGGAUACAAUGUUAAAGCGCAGUUUGGAUCGUCUGAAGAGUAUGAGGGAAAGAAUAUCGUCGGCUGAAGCAGGCGUUGAUUACUGCACCUGGGAAAUAAAUUUCAAUAAAGAUGCAUAUGUUGUUAGAGCCAUGUGUCUGGAUGGUCAACUGGGAGCAGCUUUAUCGCUUUGGUGGAACAUGAUACAGAAUAGUAUUGUUCCUGAUGUUAUCACACACAAUUACCUCAUCAAUGCACUCUGCAAAAACGGUGAGUUAGAGAAGGCAGAAUGGAUUGUUAGAGGUAUGCUAUAUAGGGGUCCUUCUCCCACUUGUGCUGCAUUCAACUCUUUAAUAAGAGGUUAUUGCAUGGUGAAUGAUGUCGAUAAUGCUCUAAACACCUUUUCUACCAUGGCCAACCAUGGAAUUGUACCAAACAGAGUAACUUGUAACAUCCUUGUUCAUGCGCUUUGUAAGAAGGGGCUGUUGGAGGAGGCAAAAAAUCUUUUCCAUAAAUUAUUAAGCAAAAGUCAUAAUGGGGGGAGCUCAAAUUUGAUUACAUCAACAAUUAUGAUGGAUGGCUGCUUUAAAAAUGGAGAUACUGAUCAAGCUCUUGCUUUUUGGGAGAGGAUGUUAUUAGAGCGUAUCCAAGUUGAUAAAGUUUCUUACAAUGUUGUUGUCCAUGGAUUCUGUUUGAGCCAUGACCUGGGCACUGCAUAUAAGUAUUGUUGUGAAAUGUUAAAACUUGGUUUUGUUCCAGAUGUUUAUUCUUACAACACUCUCAUUGGAGCACUCUGUAGACAAGGAAAGAUCAGUGAUGCUUGUUAUAUCUACGAUGUUAUGACUGGAAUGGGUGUCGUACCAGAUCAAAUCACGUACAGAAUGAUAAUACAGGGGCUAUGUAUUAACAGGGAGAUAGAUAGAGCCAAUUGUUUUCUUGAUUACAUGUUAGAGAAUUCCAUUAUACCUGAACCACUUGUUUGGAAUGUUAUAAUUAAUGGUUAUGGAAGAUGUGGAGAUAUACAAAAAGCUUCAUAUAUUAGAGAAAAAAUGGUUUCAUGUGGUGUUCUACCAAACAUAUAUACAUAUAAUGCAUUAAUUUAUGCUCAGAUAAAGUCAGGAGAUCUUUCUGCAGCUCAGUCCUUGGAGAAGGAGUUGCUUUUAUAUGGUCUUACCCCUGAUUCAGUCACUUACAAUUUGUUGAUUGGUGCUGCUUGUAAUCUUGGCCUGAUUCACUCAGCACUUCAACUACAUGAUAAAAUGUUGAGAAAAGGUUGUCAGCCAGAUGUAAUUACUUACACGGAACUACUUAAGGUGUUUUGUGUACAAGGUAUGAUGAGAGAGGCAGACAAGCUCUUUGGCAAGUUAAUGGCAUCUGGUUUAGCAGUUGACCAUGUUCCCUUUCUGAUACUCAUGAAAAGAUACUGCAGAAUGGGAGAAUUUAAUAAAGUCUUUGACCUUCACCAAAAGUGGUUAGUGACAAUGCCCAGAUGAGAUGUUUCCCCAAGAAUUAUUAUGAUGUUAAGGGCGACUCUAAAUAUAUUUAUUCCAGAAGAGAAAGCUACUCUGGUUUCUGCACCUAGUUGGCUUACAGAUUUAGGUCCAGAAGCAUUGGCCUAGUAGCAGCAGCUGUCUUUGUCUCCCGGAGGGUUUGACGUAGGACAACUUUCUGAUGACAGAUUUCGAUGGCUUAAAUGCUUUGGUUUCUCAUGUCGCGAGCUUGUUGUCAACUGAACGUGCUACGUAGCAACUUGCUUUGCCUAGGGAAAAUAUGGAAAUGGAAACCAGUACCCCAUCAACUUAAGGGCUAUUGUAUGUCUAAGAGGUUGGCUUCCAAGUUGAAGGUGAUGAAGUUGUUCCUUAUAGAUAUGGAGAGAUGUCUAUCUAUGUCCUGUGUGCAGCUAGUUUCAGAAUCUUGCACUAAGAAACUAUGACGGGUAUCUUUUGUGUUUCUCUUCUCAAAGUCGUUUUUUCGUGGCUUUGGAAGUGUUAUGUAUAUUACUAGCCUCUUCUCCAGGCUAGAUCAUUACACAGUGCCAUUUGAGAUGCACGUGGUCUGUAAUUGGUUAAGUCCAAGGCUCAGACUUGAGGGUUCCGGAUGAUGAACUCCACAACGUUUUCAUGUUCAAGUUGACCCCUGACAAGAACACGGGAAUACG